AUGUUGGCGGACCGACAACAGGUGGUGGUCACCCAAAAAGAGCUUGAAUUGCGGGGCAGGGCCGAUUGGCCGACUUACCGACAGACUCACGACGGCGGCGCUUAUCACUUCGCCAUCUCCCCAACUCCUAAUUCUGUCGGCGCGCCGACUACGCAUCACACCUACUUACCUACCUACCUAUCUACCUACCUACCUACCUCAAUCCCCGUCGAUCCAAGACGCGCUUCCCCCCCGGGACGCGCGCACGAUCUCGAGACGCUGGCUACCCUCGAUUUCCUCAGCCUAACCGGAGCCGACCCGUCUCCCGCGCCGCACUUUGACCUCGGCGUCGCACCACAACCCCUAUCCGGCGACAACUUCGAACCCGACCCCGACCCCGACAGCUUCGUCGUCGACGGAAGCCACGACAUCUUCGCCUCCGUCUCCCCGGCGGCGGCGGGCGAAUCUUAUUUGAUGAUGGCACAACCGGUGCCUCAUCAACAGGGCGACCAGAAGCGUGUCAAGGUCUAUGAGCUCCAGAACGGCGAUUGGUUUGAUCGCGGAACCGGAUACUGCUAUGCCUUUUACGUCCCGCCCAACCAGAAUGACGAGAAGGAGGCCCGAAUCUUCGUUGAUGCGGAGGAGGAUCCGAAGCGACGGCUUCUCGAGACGAAGGUGACCAAAAAUGUUGUGUUUAACAGACAAGGAGGCAUGUACACCCUAACGACGCGAGCCCCCCUUCCCCCCCCCCCUUCCUCCCCGGGGGCCGCCGGGGAUUGCUUUGGUUGCGAGUCUAACGCUUUUGCAGCGACUCUAAUCCUGUGGACCGAAAAUGGCGUUGAAAUGGCCCUUAGUUUCCAAGAAGCCGAGGGCUGUGCCUCGAUAUGGAAAAUAAUCGAAGAGAUUUCUCCUCCACCUCCGCAGCCUACCGGUAAUCCUGAAGAUGGCUUUUCAGAUGACUUAACCAUGGACGUAACGCCGUUAGUCCAGUUGCCGCCGGCCCAACUGAAGUCGUUGGACGAUCUCUUGAUUACGAUUCGGGAGCUCGCUCAAUCGCCUGCUGGUCGCGAUGCGCUUGCUAAAACGAUCAUACAACAGGACUACAUUGGGAAGCUGGGCAGCCUUGUUGAAGAGGCCGAGGACCUCGAAGACCUACCAGACCUCCAGAAGUUGUGCGAGAUUAUGAAGGGAAUUCUUCUGUUGAACGACACCACGAUUAUCGAGCAUGCCGUCUCGGACGAGUACGUCAUGGGAGUCGUGGGCGCUCUGGAAUAUGAUAGGGAUUUCCCGGAUGGGUUCAAGGCCAACCAUCGGCAAUGGUUAAGCAACCAGAGUCGGUACAAGGAAGUGGUCAGGAUUCAAGACGAGAAUAUUAGGCGGAAAAUCCACAUGACCUACCGGCUUCAGUACCUUAAGGAUGUGGUACUGGCUCGCAUUCUCGACGACCCGACAUUCUCCGUCCUUAAUUCUCUCAUCUUCUUCAACCAGGUGGACAUCGUCCAGCACCUGCAUUCCACGCCCGGUUUCCUGAAGGACCUCUUCGGAAUCUUCACAAGCCCUAACGAGCAACUCCUGCGCAAGAAGGAGGCGGUCCUUUUCAUCCAGCAGUGUUGCGCUAUUGCUAAAAACCUUCAGCCGCCCACCCGCCAGGCGCUAUAUCUGAACUUCCUCAACCAAGGCCUCUUUCAUGUCGUCAACUUUGGCUUGAAGCAAGCUGAUGUCACGGUUCGAGUCGGCGCGACGGAUAUUUUGGUGUCUUUGAUUGACCACGACCCGUCGCUGGUGCGGCAGACGAUCUACGAGCAACUCAGCCAGGGCCAACCCCCGCUCAUCGAGACGCUAGUUGCUCUGCUGCUUGUUGAGGUGGAUCUGGGCGUCAAGUCGCAGAUUGCGGAGGCCAUAAAGGUCCUUCUCGAGCCGGCCCCAAGCGCAGUGCUGCCCCAGCUGCAGGAAGUGCACGGAGAGCUCCUGGCGCAGGCGAGGUUCAGGAUCCAGGGGGGCGUGGACCCGCAGCAUGAGAAGCAGGAGCUGCUGCUGCACCACUUUUACGAACACUCGGCCGAGAAGCUGUUCUCGCCGCUGCUGGAGCUGGAGAAGCGGCAGGUGAUGAAGUUCAAUGCCCAGGAGGAGGGCGUGUUCAGUUACUUGAACGAUAUCCUUUGUUACUGCAUUCGUCAGCACGCUUACCGAGCGAAGCAUUUCAUUCUAAGCAAUGACGUUGCUAAGCGGUUUGUCCAGCUUCUGGAUUGCAGGGAGAAGCAUUUGCAGCUUGUGGCAAUCCGCUUCUUCCGACACCUCGUCGUCCUACAAGAUAACUUCUACAUCAACCACAUGAUGCAGAAGCAGGUUCUGGGUCCGAUCCUGGACGUCCUGUUGCGGACCCUUCCACGCGACAACCUCCUCUGUUCUGCCUGCUUGGAGCUCUUCAUGCUGAUCAAUAAGGAAAACAUUAAGGAGCUCAUCAAGCACCUGGUAGAGAACUAUCGCGAAAAGCUCAACACACUGACUUACAUGGACACCUUUUACGAGAUGGUGCACCGCUAUGACGUCACGCAGGGCUUCACGACCCUGACGGCCGACCCGUACAUCGAGUCGGAGGACGAGCUGGGUAGGGGAAGACCACCGCCGAAUCUGGCAGGACGGGCUAUGGCCGAGCAGUUGUCGGUUGAUCCGGCGGAGGAGGAGUACUGGAAUGUGUCGGAUGGUUCGGAGGAGGAGGAGGAAUUGGGAGGGGCAACGGUAGAGGUGCCAAAGCCGUUAAAAAUUAAGGUUGCCUCCUCCUCCUCCUCCUCCUCCUCCUCCUCUUCUUCUUCUUCUUCUUCGUCGUCGUCGUCGUCGUCGUUGUUGUUAGGCAAGGGCAAGAGUCCCUCGAAACCGCUGGUUGAGUACAACUCGGACGACGAAGAUGAUGAUAUGACUGAUUCCCAGCCGAACUCGCAGGAGGAGAAUAAAGAGAAUGUGGACGCCAAGGAGAAUCAGGCCCCGGAGUCUCCCCAACAACAGCAGGAACAACAAAAGUCCCCUUCAUCAUCGACAUACCCAUCCGGCGGUAAACGUUCUCAAUGCGCAUCUCCCCCCGCCGACUCAGCAGCAGCCAAAGCAGCCAAAGCCGCCGCCGCCGCUGUGCCCCCUCCGGAACGCAUCUCCGAGAAGCGUCGACGCGAAGAAGACGAUGAUGAGGAUGUAUUUGAUCGGCUGACGCAGCAGAAUAAGAGGAGGAAUAGCACGGGUAGUGGGACGAAUAGUAGUGUGAAUGCUGGGUCGGACUCUUCACCGGAUUCAAAGGCAAUGGAUGCGGGUUCAGGAGGGGGGAUAGGCGGGUUUCUUAAGAGGAAGAAGAGCGGCGGUUCUUUGGUGGCUGGGAAUAAUGAUAAUGGUGGUGGGGGGGGAGGAGGGGGGUUGAAGAAGAUUACGAUUAGUUUGGGCGCCACGGUGAAGAACGUCGUGGCUGCUGUUGCGGGAGGACAGAGCGCGGGGGAUGGGGAAAGGAAGGAGUAG